AUGUCAUCGGCGCCGUCUCCGGGUGCUACUCCGUCACCUCCGCCUCCGUCUGCCGCCAUUCCUCCUAUAACUAUCUCCCCUCCUGCUUUCAUUCUCUUCCCGCCUCCUCCUCCGCCGCCUGUAACCGCCGUUCCUCCUCCGAUUCCCGUGACACCUCUUCCUCCUCCGCCAGUUACCGCCGUUCCUCCUCCAAUUCCCGUGACACCUCUUCCUCCGCCGCCAGUUUCCGCCGUUCCUCCUCCGAUUCCCGUGAUACCUCUUCCUCCGCCGCCAGUUACUGCCAUUCCUCCUCCGAUUCCCGUGACACCUCUUCCUCCGCCGCCAGUUACCGCCGUUCCUCCUCCAAUUCCCGUGACACCUCUUCCUCCGCCGCCAGUUUCCGCCGUUCCUCCUUCAAUCCCUGUGACACCUCCUCCUCCGCCGCCAGAUACCGCCACUCCUCCAACUCCCUUGACGCCUUCUCCUCCGCCGCCGUCAACUCGUCCACCACCGUCAACUCAUUCACCACCGUCUCCCUCCACACCCACUCCGCCUCGGCCGGAAACAGGGAGCCCUCCACCUCCAGCUAAUCCCUCAGGCGGGGGAUCUCCAAGAACUCCAUCUAUCACCCCUAUCUUUUCUCCACCGCCGCCGUCUUCCUCUUCGGCCGGACUAUCAUUGGGAGUGGUGGUCGGGAUCGCCAUAGGAGGAGUCGCUGUACUUGUGGCAUUGACUUUGAUUUUUUUCUUUUGUAAGAAGAAACGACGAAGAGACGACGAAGCACCUCCUCGUCCCAAAGCUGGAGGCACUUACGGUGGACAGCAGCAACAAAGUGCAUCGCAACCGUUAGAUCACGCAGUGACGUCACAGCCAACCUCUGCACCGCCACGUCCUCAGGCUUUCUUGAGUGGUAGCAGCAGCGGCCGCGGCUACGACUCAAACUACUCGGAUCAAUCAGUUCUUCCUCCACCAUCUCCAGGGCUUGCAUUAGGCCUCUAUCAAGGCACUUUCACUUACGAGCAACUAGAUAGAGCCACUAAUGGAUUCUCUGAGGCCAAUUGGUUAGGACAAGGCGGGUUCGGAUACGUUUACAGAGGGAUAUUGCGUAAUGGAAAAGAAAUCGCAGUGAAACAGUUGAAAGCUGGGAGUGCUCAGGGAGAGAGAGAGUUUCAGGCAGAGGUUGGGAUCAUUAGCCGAGUUCACCACAGGCAUUUGGUUGCUCUUGUCGGUUAUUGCAUCGCUGAUGCUCAAAGAUUGCUUGUCUAUGAGUUUGUUCCUAACAACAAUCUUGAGUUUCACCUCCAUGGGAAGGGACGGCAUCCAAUGGAAUGGAGCUCAAGAUUGAAGAUUGCUGUUGGCUCUGCCAAGGGAUUGUCCUAUCUUCAUGAAAAUUGCAAUCCUAAAAUAAUACAUCGUGAUAUUAAGGCGGCAAACAUAUUGAUUGAUUUCAAAUUUGAAGCAAAGGUUGCUGAUUUUGGUCUUGCCAAGAUUGCUUUGGAUACAAACACUCAUGUAUCUACCCGCGUGAUGGGAACCUUUGGUUUUUGGAAAGUGUAUAUGCGAAUCCUUAUCAUUCGGUUUUUGAUUUUAGGUAUUUGGCUCCGGAAUACGCUGCAAGCGGAAAGCUCUCAGAAAAAUCAGACGUUUUUUUCAUUUGGCGUUGUACUUUUGGAACUAAUAACCGGACGUCCCCCUUUUGUUGCAAACAAUGCAUAUGCAGAUAACAGCUUGGUUGAUUGGGCACGACCAUUGCUUACACGAGCACUUGAGGAAAACAACUUUGAAGCUUUGGUUGAUACAAAGAUGAAUAAUGAGUAUGAUAGAGAAGAGAUGGCUCGAAUGGUUGCUUGUGCUGCAGCUUGUGUUGCACGUGUGCUAGAAGGAAACAUAUCACCAUCAGAUCUGAACCAAGGGAUUAGACCAGGUGACAGCAAUGUGUAUGGCUCAUAUGGAGGAAACACAGAUUAUGACACGAGCCAAGACAACGAAGGCAUGAACAAGUCUAGGAAAAUGGGAUUUGGGGCUCAAGACUAUAGUGCGAGCAGUGAGUAUAGUAAUCCUACCAGUGAGUAUGAUUUGUACUCGACCGGGUGGAGCAGUGAGGGCCAGAAUCAGACCAUACGAGAAAGAGCCGGCCAAGGUUAUGGCGGACACUUACACUCUCACUAA